GUGGCGGUGCUUUAAGUUUCGUUUUCCAACAAUCCUGCAGAGACAGAUGCAGUCCACGACAACCGCUGUGGCUAAUGGAGUCUGACCAUGGAUGAGGAGCUUGACCCUGACCAGGAUAAUGUGAACUGUGUCUUGGAUCAGGAAUCCUCUGAGCUGUUGGACAUCCUCACCAGUCAGUCACCUGCCGUCAUAAUGAAGCUGUGUCAAAUGAUGCCCAGUGGUGGUGCUUGGGGGCCCAUCAGCCACGGGUCCCUGUCUAGUGUCUCCGCUGAACACUCAGUGGCCGAACACAGCAGAGCCUUGUUGGAUUACUUCCGUACGGCCGACGCCGCAGAAUGCCGCAGCUUCCUGCAGAGUGUGUGUAUGUUAUGUACAGACAUUCCAAUGUGGCUGGAGUCCAGGCUGAUGUCUGUGUCUGGAUUUCCAACCAGUGAUCCGGGUCCUUUUCCAGACACACCAGCUCCGACAAACACAGACGACACCGUUUCCAGUCCCAAUGUAACAGAGGACCAGUCAGCAUCAUCGCCGUCUGCAGAGGAACAGCUGAUUAAACGGCCACGGAUCGAUUACUGGGAACGGUACGUGGCUGCAGUCCAGAGUUUGCUGCUGAGGAGAUGGGAGCAGAUACGAGAGCACCUGGUGAUGGACGUCCAGAUAGAGAAUGUGUGGGUCCGCCCAAGAACCACAAACAGGGGCAGGGAUAGACCAGAUAAAACCCCUGGACCGGAUAAAACCCCUGGACCAGCAGACAGAGGCAGCAGGACACCAGAGGCUGAUGUGGAUUAUGGAACGGAGUCCAAAGUGACACUGGAGACCUUUCUUCAGGGAUGUACAGGAAACAUAACCGUUCUGUGUGGCCUGGCUGGAUCAGGAAAAACACUGCUGAUGUCUUGUUUGGGUCAACAGUGGGCACGUAAACUAGGUCCUAUCCCCUCCUCGUACCUGUUUGUCCUUCUGGAGUUCCGUCAGCUCAACCUGCUGUCCAGACCCAUGUCCCUGUCUGAGCUGCUUCUCCAACACUAUCUACCUCCAGAAGGAAGCCUCGAAGAAAAGAAUGCCAUUGUGGAGUACCUUCUGUCCAAUCCAGAGCGAAUCUGUUGGGUUCUGGAUGGUUACGACGAGUUUCACAGUAAGAUCAGCAGAAAAGCCGUCCAGAGGGACAGGGAGCAGCUGGACCCCAGGACCCCCGUGCCAGUGGCAGACCUCAUCUCAGGGCUGUUGCAUCACCAGAUCCUCCCAGGGUGCACUGUGGUGGUCACCUGCCGUGGGCGUGAUGUGAUGGAUUUAGAAGGUCUGGCAGAUAAGGAGGGGCAUCUGAUGGAGUGGAGCAGCCAUGAAAUCCAGCAGUAUGUGGACAGAUACUUCAGUCGAAAAGGUCACUCCGGCUGUGGGAUACAGGCAGCAGAGCUCCUUCUGUCCAACAGACACCUACGGUCCAUGUCUUCCACUCCAGCGCUCUGCAACAUCUGCUGCAUCUGUCUGGAUCAUCUACUGCAGGGACUGAGAGAUGAAGAAAGAAGAGGUGAAACAAGCAGAGAGGAGGAAAAGUCCCAACAGACGGCAGCAGCACAGAGAGGAGGAGCAGCAGGAGGAGGAGGAGGAAGUCACACACAAACGGGAGAUGGAGAAGAACGAAGAAGAACGAGUGGAGGUGUAACGAUGGAUGGCAGGAACGGCAGAGCUCAUCUACCUCCCAUCGUCCCCCAGAUCCCCUCCACUCUAACGCAGGUCUACCUCACUGUUCUGGGAGCGUUUCUGAGCCGCAGCCCUGAUAAAGGAGCCGGUGGUACCAGGGGGAUAACGCAGAGCUCUGCUCUGACCCAGUAUCGAUCAGAGCUGUGUGAGCUGAGUCAACUGGCCUGGAAGGGUUUAGACCAGAGCAGGAUCCUGUUCUUGGAAAAAGACGUUCCCAGAAAUAUUUUGGAGUUUUCAGUCAAGACGGGCCUAUUUUCAAAGGUGGAACUGAGGCAGGAGGAUGGGGCUGUUGUCAACGCCUACUGCUUCAUUCAUUUGACUGUACAGGAAUUUUUGGCAGCUCUUAGAAUCAUGACUAGUAGCGAAGUCAGUGACGCACAUCUCAAGAAGAGAUUCAGUCUGAGGACCCGCUGGACCACCAAGUUGGACCAGAGGACGGUCUUCACGGACUCCCUCUACCUGUAUGUGUGUGGCCUGGCCUCUCCAAACUGUACUUCAGUCCUCGUUCAGUUAACCAAAGGAGAACAACUACAGAGAACCACCAGUUGGGUCCACAAACGACAGGAACUCAUUCGGAAACUGCUAAAACAGCUGUGUCAGAACACCAGCCUGACUGGACCAAAGGUUCUGGAGCUGUGCCACUGCGUCCAGGAGAGCCAGGACAUACAACUGGCCAAAGAAGUUGUUCUCACCAGACGUGUUCUGGAGCUGCGGAACAUCAGGCUGUCACCCAGUGAUAUUGACGCUGUGGCUUUCGCUGUCAACUCUGUGAACGAUAAAGACAUCGGUUUAGAUUUUGGAGCAUGCUCAAUGGAGCUGGAAUGUUUGGAUGUCUUACCCAGAUGUCGGACAAUUCACCUCCUCAGUUUUCACAGCCGCAAGUACGAUGACAAAUUUGCUGAAAAGGUGUCGUCCGUUUUGCCGAGAAUCACAUCCCUGAGAAAACUAGAGUUCUGCGGUGCUAAUCUGACGGCCACAGGAGCUGCCACUUUAGCCUCUGCUUUACAGAACUGUCCAAACAUCACUGAAAUCAAUCUGAGUGACAACAAUCUGAAAGACGAAGGAAUCAAACAUAUGACCGACAUCUUCACCAAACUACCACAGAUUAUCUCUGUCAAGUUGGGACGGAACAAUACUUCUCUAAAAGCCGUGGACUAUUUAAUCGGAAAAAUAUCUUCAUGUUUAAACAUCCAACAUAUUCAUGCAAAUGGGAACAAGGAAACGACAGUAACCUUCUCCCAAACCUCUGAUAUGAACAGCUGCAGCCGUGAACUUAAAUGUGAACCCACUGUCAGUUUGCUGAACCAGAAGUGGAGCCAAUCUGAAAUGCAAAAAGUGGCAAAGUCUUUAGCGCAUUGCCCUGCCCUGUCUGUCCUGGAUUUGUCUGGAGGCCAGUGGGACAUAAAAACCCUGAGAACCCUGACCCAAUUCAUACCCAGGUUCAACAUCACCGAUAAGAUCAUUGUAAACGACAGCUGCUCUUCAGUGGAGGCUUUGGUGUCUCUGACUGCUCUUCUGUGCAAAUGUCCUGCUGUCACAGAGCUUCAUAUUAGACUCCAAAGGCCUGUUCAGAUGUCUGUUAUUUUCUCUGGAGGAAGAGAACCGUCUUCUAAAACACUGUGUCUCAGCUGCUGUGAUCUUCUGGCUGAUGAUCUGGACAGAGUGUGGUCCAGUUUGGGAGCUUCUUCUGAUGUCACCUUUCUGGAUUUGUCCCAUAAUUGUUUAGGCAACAAAGGCCUGAAGAAGCUGUUGGACGUCCUGCCUCGACUUCGAAGCAUCCAGGAAAUCAAUGUCAGUAACAACACAAUCAGCCUGGAAGGAGCAGCAGCGUUGGCUGGAGCUCUGUGUUCCCAUGACAACCUGACACAAGUUCACAUCAGUAAUGAAGGAAAAGAGAAGGUGAUCCUCAGGUUUUGUCCUGACCGAAGUGACGAUGAAAGGCAGCUCAAGGUGUUCAGUAUAAACAACAGCAGCCUGACACCGUCAGAUGUAGCUGCAUUCUGUAAGAAGUUGGUCCAGUGUCGAUCACUGUUGGAGUUAGAUCUGUCUCACAGCCCACUGAAACAUGAAACUAUCAACAACCUGCUUCAAGUCCUGCCAAACAUGGAGGCGCUACAAACACUCAAUGUCAGCCACUCCAUCACAUCCACAUCUGAAGCUCUGCUGUUGUGCAGCUGUUUGAACCGAACUCAGGGAGUGACUUCAGUGGAGCUCAGGCUAAACGGUGAAUCCUUCAUUCAUCUGAACAGAGUGAAGGUGGAACAGUCCAGCUGCAGUUUGACUCAUUUGAACCUGGACUGUGACGAACUGGAGAAGCUGCUCCAAAUCCUACAGCGAGGGCCUCGACUGUCCCACCUGGAUUUAUCUGGAAACAGUCUGACAGAUGAAGGAGUGAAGCACUUGGUGGACUGUCUGCCCAGACUCCGCAUCAGCCGCUACGUUAAUCUAAGCAACAACUGUCUGACUCAGCAGGGUUUGUUGGACGUAGCCUCUGCGUUGUCAACCUGCGAUAAAGUCUGCAGUGUGGACGUCUGUUUGGGAGAAAAAGGGAGGAGCUUCAUCUGGUUCCGACAACAGGGAGGACAUGAAAAAAGCCUCAGUGUCAGAGACAGUGGUUUGGAACGUGAUCAUCUGGACCGAUUAGUGGAAAUCAUGUCCAACUGUCCCAGUCUGAGCAAACUGGAGUUCAGUAACAGUUUGCGGUCAGAGGAGGUUGAAGCCCUGGUCCAUCUGUUGAGUGACAGUCAGAGGGGAUGGACCAUCAGUAUUGUGGAGUCGUGGAUCAGGUCUGAUAACGCUGUCCGUUUACUGUGUAACUGUUUGGACCUCAACACAAACAUACACUCCAUCAUUGUGAACCACACGACACUACACCUGUGUUUGAUGAAACCUGCUGCACUGGCCUCAGACAGGGACGACUCAGAGGCUCCGCCUCCAUCACUGGCCACUGUGAAAAUAGGCCUGGUGGACUGUGCCGUUCAGGUUGACCACCUCCCAGCUCUGAGGACCAUCAUUCAGAAGUGUCCAUUUCUGACAGACUUAGAUUUAUCCCACAACAUGUUGGGUGAAGAAGGAGCAGAGUUUGUCUGUUCCGUCCUGCCGUCGCUGCCGAACCUCACCUCCCUCAGCGUCGGCUCCAAAGAACACAGUGGAACUGUGGUUGAGAAGCUGUCAGAGGCCUUCGUCAGAUCUCCAAGUGUUCAGUGUCUGAAUCUCUCAGGUCAUGUGAUUAGUGACGCAGCAGCUCAGGUUUUGACUAACGUGCUUCCCCGUCUUCGAUCACUCAAUCUUUCCCACUGUGUGUGGUCUUCGUCUGGAGGACUGCAGCUCCUCAAAACUCUGGGACACUGUGCACAUCUGCAGGACCUUUGUCUGGACUCUGUGGUGCACCUGGAUGAAGACAGCAGGACGUUCCUGGUCCAGUCACUUAGGAGUCAUCGCACUCUAUGCACUUUAAAGUUGGAGGGGUGGAGGAUGGCUGAGAAAGGGGUGGAGCAACUGGCCAUGGCCACACCUCUGUGGACUGACCUGAGACACAUCAGUCUGUCAAAGAACCUCAUCGAUGACCAGUCAGGAGUGACUGUCCUGGAGGCUUUGAGGAGCUGUACUGGACUGGAGGAGCUGCAUCUGUCCAGUAACUCUCUGGGUGACCUCACUGCUGCCUCCAUGGCCCUGGUCCUCCCAUCAUUGACAAACCUCAGUGUAAUCGACAUUUCUGAAAACCACAUCGGAAAUGAAGGCUCAGUGCAUCUGUCCAAAGCAAUCACCUGCAUGAAGAAGCUGACUAAGAUUAAUUUGACCUCUGUGGGGACGUCAGAGCUGUGUGCUGUGGCAGCCAGUCUGGAAAACUGUCCACUAAUACAGGAUGUGGGGCUGGGGUGGAAUAACUGUGGCGAUAACGUGGCACUGGAGUUGGCCAGAAUUUUACCGUUCUGUGAGAAAAUGAUCCGACUGGAUCUGGAGUGCAACAGUGUGAGUCCUGAGGGGGCAGAGGUCCUGGUCCGAGCUCUACGGUCUUGUCCCACCAUGCACAUCAUCAGGCUGUGGAAAAACAAAAUCUGUCCUACUGAAGCUGAGAGGCUGAGUCUGUGGGACCGCAGAGUCAGCUUCUCAUCCACAUAAUCCAACCAGUGUUUGGAACAGACGCACCAAAGAGUCGAGGCUGUUUCCAGGUGACACUACAGCGCCACCUGCAGACCAAAGCCUGGGAGGGAUUUACUGCACAGAAAACACUGUCCCAAAGCCUGGGGUCUGGGUGGUUUAUAGUCACUGGAGUCCAUCAUAUUUAAGAAACUACAGGGAGCGUUGAUCAAACAACAAUCUCAGUUAAAAAAAAAUGCAGGAAAUUGAACAGUGAAAAAACAGCUUGUGAACCUUUGUUUCAACUGUAUUUUCACCCUUCAAUAGGGCCGUGUGUUGACAAGAAUCUGGCGAUACGAUACAAAUCACAAUAUUAGGAUCACGAUACGAUAUAUCAUGAUAUAUCAUGAUACUGUUAAAAAGGCAAUUUUUUGUUUGUUUCUUUUUUAAAAAU